AUGUGGGUUGGAAAAUCAAAAACUCAGAUUUUCCAAUACAUCAAGGAGAAGCUCUCCAACAAGUUGGACAAUUGGAAGGCAAAAAUAUUAAGUUGUGCAGGAAAAGAAAUUUUGAUCAAGGUUGUUGCUCAAACGAUGCCAUUAUAUGCAAUGAAUUGUUACUUGCUUCCGAAGACUUUAUGUGAUGAUGUGCACAAGCUAUGUGCCUCGUUCUUCUGGGGUGACACGAAUGAUAAAAGGAAGAUUCAUUGGAGGAGUUGGGAGAGGCUCUGUCUGACAAAGCAUGAGGGAGGUAUGGGUUUUAAGAAUAUAUAUGCUUAUAAUCUGGCUAUGUUCGCUAAGCAAGGAUGGAGGCUUGUUACCAAUCCUAAUUCCCUUAUUGCUAGACUUUAUAAAGCUAGAUAUUUUCCGCAUUGUGAGUUCUGGCAGGCUGAACUUGGUCAGGCACCCUCCUUUUCUUGGCGUAGUAUUCUAGCCGGUAGACCUGUUUUGAAGGCUGGAACCCAAUGGAGAAUUGGAGAUGGUAUGCAAGUAAAUGUUUGGAAUGAUAGUUGGAUACCAACCUGCCCACUGUACCUUGUUCAGAGGCCGGCAUAG